AUGGUACAGACAAAACAAGCAGACCUCUGCAAGCUCAGAGAAGAGCUCUCUCUGCAGCACUCCACAUUGACCCAACUCGAGGCCCGGCUGACGAGAGUCUCAAUUUCUGUUGAGCACGUCUACGCCAAACUCUCUUUGGUUCGGGUCAUCUCUAAACGAGACCGGGCCAAAAUGGCGUUGGGCGUUCAUACUCCGAUUGAAACGAAUCCGGAAGAGCUGUUGAAGAUCUGCCUAAACAUCAAGAACCAAUUGCUCAUCGAUCUCGAAGACUAUGAUCUGCAGGACGAACGCAUCAAAUAUGAAGAGGAUCUGGUAAGCCAAACUAAGAUCUACACGCGUCGGCAUCACGGAUGCAUAUACCAAUUAAUUAUUUUAUGA